AUGCUCGCUCGUGGAGGCGCCGUCAUUGCCCGCGGAGCGUCUCUCGUCACUGCCCGUCACUUAUCGCGCACCACUGUUUCAAUGGCUAAGAUCCGCAAGGAAUGCGACACCUUCGGCGAGCUCGAAGUACCUGCCGACAAGUACUAUGGCGCCCAAACCGCCCGUUCUCAGAUGAACUUCAAGAUCGGAGGACCCGAAGAGCGUAUGCCAAUCCCAGUGAUUCACGCAUUCGGAAUCCUUAAAAAGGCCGCCGCUCUAGUCAACACCGAGUUCGGUUUGGACAAAAAACUCGCCGACGCCAUCUCCCAAGCUGCCGAUGAGGUUGUCGCUGGAAAACUUGACGAUCACUUCCCAUUGGUCACCUGGCAAACUGGAUCUGGAACUCAAUCGAACAUGAACGUCAACGAGGUUAUUUCCAACCGCGCCAUCGAGAUCUUGGGAGGUGAACUCGGAUCCAAGAAGCCAGUCCACCCCAACGACCAUGUUAACAUGUCCCAAUCUUCCAAUGAUACAUUCCCAACUGCCAUGCAUAUCGCUGUAGGCCGUGAAGUCAACUCUCGUCUUCUUCCUGCUCUCAAGAAGCUCCGUACUGCUUUGAACAACAAGGCUGAGGAAUUCAAGGAUAUUAUUAAGAUCGGACGUACUCAUACUCAAGACGCCGUUCCAUUGACUUUGGGACAAGAAUUCUCGGCCUACGUUCAACAAUUGGACAACUCCAUCGCUCGUGUCGAAGCCACCCUCCCACGUCUCUACCAAUUGGCUGCUGGAGGAACCGCUGUUGGAACCGGGCUCAACACCCGUAAGGGAUUCGCCGAGAAGGUUGCCGCUACCGUUUCUGAGCUCACUGGCUUGCCAUUUGUUACCGCGCCAAACAAGUUCGAGGCUCUUGCUGCCCACGAUGCUCUUGUUGAGGUUCAUGGAGCCCUUAACACCGUUGCUGUCUCCUUCAUGAAGAUCGGAAACGAUAUUCGAUUCUUGGGAUCCGGACCAAGAUGUGGAUUGGGAGAACUGUCGCUGCCAGAGAAUGAGCCAGGAAGCUCGAUUAUGCCAGGAAAGGUUAAUCCAACGCAGUGCGAAGCGAUUACGAUGGUUGCCGCUCAGGUUAUGGGAAAUCAGGUCGCCGUGAGCGUUGGGGGCUCCAACGGACACUUUGAGCUCAACGUCUUCAAGCCUCUGAUCGUCAGAAACGUCCUUCAAUCGACCCGUUUGUUGGCCGACAGCGCCGUCAGCUUCACCGAUCACUGCGUUGAUGGAAUCGUCGCCAACAAGGAUAACAUUGCCAAGAUCAUGAGAGAGUCCCUUAUGCUCGUCACCGCUUUGAACCCCCAUAUUGGAUACGACAACGCUGCCAAGAUCGCCAAGACCGCCCAUAAGAACGGCACGACGCUGGUUCAAGAAGCCGUGAAGCUUGGAAUCCUCACCGAGGAGCAGUUCGCCCAAUGGGUCAAGCCAGAGAACAUGCUUGGACCUAAAUAA